UUUCAGAACUAUAAAAGGGCUAAAAUUCAGCUGACGCCGUCUUCCCCAGUUACUGAAGAAACAAAACCUCGCCGGGAACUGGACUCCGUCACCGGAAAAACAUGUCAGCAGUGUCAACCUUCCGGUAAUCUCUUUAAACCCAUAAAAUUUCCAUUGUAAAAAUCUCAACUUUAUUCUCAAAUGUCGACUCGAAAGUUUUACCAAACUGCAAAACAACUGUUUUCCAAAAAACCAAAUGAAGAAAUUGCUAAAUUGAUCUCCAAUACUCUGAUAAAUUUCAGUUCUACAAAGAAAAUCCCCCCAUCUCUAACUUCCUACCUUAAUCCCCAAGUAACCCAUCUUGUUUUUUUAAACCCAUCUGUUCCUACACAAUCUUGUUUAAGUUUCUUCAAAUUUCUCCAAAAAAAUCAAUCUUUCGAAAGGCCCAAUCUUGAAUCACACAUAGCCUUGUUUUUGCGCUUGUUUAAAGCCAGGAAAUUUGCUGAAGCCAAAAGUAUAUUGCAUACUGUUGCUUCUGAUGAUAGUUUAAGGAAACCAAUUUUAGAAAUAGCUUCUUUUUUGGGGGAGAAUCAUGUAGACCAUAAAGUUAUGGGGAAGAUGUUUGACAUGUUGUUUAGGGUUUAUGUUGAUAGUAUGAGGUUUAAGGAAGCUCUUGAGGUUUUUGAGUAUAUGAAGAAUGGUGGGUUUGAGAUAGAUGAUAGAUCUUGUAUGGUUUACUUACUUGCUAUGAAAAGGCGAAAACAGUAUGACUCGCUGGUUGAGUUUUUCGAGAUGAUGGUUGAAUCUGAUGUGAGAAUUACAGUGUAUUCUAUGACGAUGGUUAUAGACGGGUUGUGUAAAGUAGGAGAGGUUAGCAAGGCAAGAAAACUCAUGGAUGAGAUGGUUAGUAAAGGGGUGAAACCAAAUGUGUACACUUACAAUACAUUAUUAGAUGCUUGUAUGAAAAUGCCAGAUUUUGUGGCUCUGAAGGAGAUUUUGUUGGCAAUGGAGAAAGAGGGGUUGGAUCUUGAUGUGACAGGUUAUACUCUUCUGAUUGACGGGUAUUGUAAUAUUGGCAAUCUUAAAGAGGUUGAGAGGUUGUUUAGGGAAAUAGAAGGGAAAGGCAUAGAGCCAGAUGUUCAUUUAUACACCUCUAUGAUUAGUGGUUGUAGUAAGUUAGGUAAUGUCAAAAAAGCAUUUUCAGUGUUUGAUGAAAUGGUGGAGAGGGGUCUCAUCCCGAAUGCUCACACAUAUGGAGCUUUGAUAAAUUGCUUGUGCAAGGCUGGUCAGAUGCAAGCUGCUGAAGUUUUACUUAAUGAGAUGCAAAGUAAGGGGAUUGAUAUAGGUCCAGUUAUAUUUAAUACAAUGAUGGAUGGUUACUGUAAGCAAGGUAAUAUAGAUGAAGCAUGGAGGCUGCAAAAAAUUAUGGAGGGCAAAGGGUAUGAAUCUGAUGUAUAUGUUUAUAACAUAAUUGCUACUGGAUUGUGUAAGUUAGAUCGGUGUGAGGAAGCAAAGACGUGGUUGUUCUCAAUGGUGGAUCGAGGCGUAGCUCCAAACGAAGUUGCUCAUACAACUUUGAUCAGUAUUUAUUCCAAGGAAGGAAAUUUUGUUGAAGCAAAAAGGACACUUCGUGAGAUGGAAGCAAAGGGAGUUAAGCCUAAUACGGCAACGUACAAUACCCUGAUAGAUGGUUAUUGCAAGAAGGGUAUGAUGAAGGAAGCAUAUAAGCUAAAGAAUGUUAUGGAAUGUAAAGGCCUGAAACCUGAUCUCUAUACAUACACCUCACUUGUACACGGGGAAUGCAUAUCAGGAAAGGUAGAUGAUGCUCUGAAACUUUUCAACGAGAUGCCUCGAGAAGGUUUAGUUCCAAAUGUGGUGACUUACACAGCAAUGAUUUCUGGCUUAUCGAAAGAGGGCAGAUCAGAUGAAGCCUUCAGAUUAUAUGAUGAGAUGAUAGAGGCAGGACUUACACCUGAUGCUAGCGCAUAUUCUGCUCUCGUGGGCAGUCUUCAUGGUUGACGUUUAUUUAGUGUGUGAAGUUGUUCUAGGAAUUUGUAAUCGUAAACAUCAAAAGUAAAUCAAAUUUAGCUAAUUGGAGAUAUAACAGAUUGUUCAAUAUAUCCUCCAGAUGUUUUAUAUAAAAGGAAUAUAUUGCAGGACACUCUCAGAGAUUCAAUGUGCCUGGCUUGUUGCUUGUCAUUGCAGAUCUUAUGUUGUCCUUGGACAUGGUCCGACAUUAUCUGUUAUACAUUUACAAAAGAUUCAAGAAAGAGCAAAGGCACUGCUCAGAUAGUCAGAUCUAAGCUGCUUGAAUUCCUCUUAUGAUUUUAGCACAUUUAUCUACAGGAGGAUGAUAGGGCUAUGAUAUCUGUAAGUAUUUGGAGGACUUUAUGGUCUUAAAAGAUAAGUUUUGUUUUGACACAGUCAUGAUGAGAAAACCACUGCUUAGUGUAUUAUCUCAAACUUUGGAGGCUCUUGGUUCAAAAUAUAUUUUGCUACCUCACACAUUUUUUCUUUAAGCUAUGUUGCUUUCUUGGUUGUCCAGUACAAUAUUCUCUUGAGAAUGGAAGAACCAGAAGAAAGAAGUGGUGGAUGAUGGCAACUUUGUAGAUUUUUAUCCAUGAGAUGAAAGUAGACAAUAUGAACAGGGGGAGGGACAAGACGGCACAGGUUCAGUAAUGAGAAGGAGAAGGAGGAUUAAAUCCAUUGGAGCAGGGAAGCUUAUUUAUUCCACUUUGAAGGAGUAUUUCCUGGUAAUGAUUUGGUGAGUUUUCUGGUAGUGGAUUCCCUUUUUGGCCUUGCUAAUGUGGAUGCUUUGUGCACUGGACUUCCCAUGGAUUUUGUCUUCAUACCUAACUAAAAAACUCCAACUUGCUUGGGAUUGAGCAUAGUUUUUUUUUUUUUUGUUGGUCAACUAAGAAACUCAUAUACUCAUAUGGCCAACGUUCCCUUGUUUGGACCUAUAACAGCUUCAUUUGUAGCUGUGUAGCAGAUAACAGGUUAUUACUUUAUUGAAUAGAAAUUUAGAAUCCCAGAGGUGAAAAGAGAUUGACUUAAACGAAGCAACAUGGACAAUACAAAUUUGUAUAAUCAAUAUUGACUUGUUUGGAAUUGAAACGUAAUUAUUAUGUAUAAUCAGAAAAAUGUGACAUCGA